AUGGUGCUGAAUAAAUCGCUCGCUAGUCCUAGUCGCCUAAUUGUUCCGGUUAGCAAAACUAACCAACUACUACCAAGUCCAAAAAGAAAAAUGCUGAAAACUGAACGAUUAAUGAAAUCAUCACUCACAAGUUUGAUCAGAACUCAGCAAAUUAGCCAAACUUGCCAAAACAAAGCCGUAACAUCGUCCCGUUAUUUCGCUCGUAUACCCGAAGUACAGAGAUCAGUGCAUAUUUUGUAUCGUUCUGCUAAGCUGGCACUUUACCGUUGUUAUGGAAUGUCUAGCUGCGUGAUCAAUACUUCACAUCAACUACGAGCAGCACCCAGUAAGACGCGCCAUAACAUUAAAAAUAAAUUCCCUUCCUUAAGCGAAUUCAAAGGCCAAACAGAACGCAUAGCUCUAAAUGGAAACCUGCCGAACAAACCGUUGAUAUUUUACUAUAAACUACAUCCUAACGCGACUACUGACGAGUGCUACGAUGCCUUGAAAAAAGACCUUGACAUACUUCUUCCUAUUUUUGAUGGGAAAAGUAACACAGGUUUAAAAUUGGCAAGUUUUAGGGCUAAAUUACAACAGCCUGCUGUGAACGUUCUUCUUUAUUUACCGAGCUUUGUGUUGGGAGUUGAGUAUACUCUAUCGGUAAUCAAGCAGCAGAACCCAAGUAGGAUGACUUUUGCCGGUGAAGGAGCCUGCUUGGUUGAG